AUGACUGUCGCCAUGAACGAGCAGAAGCAAGAUCUUUCCCUCUCUUCAGAGCACGUCGAAGAUAUGCCAGCCAAAGCUGAAGAGGCUGUUAGCAAUGGACUUGGCAUGACUGAUAAGCAGUACGACACCAAUGAGAAGAGUCUGGUCCGUAAGCUGGACUUUACUCUUCUUCCCAUGGUCUGGCUGCUUUACUUCUUCAACUAUCUCGACCGAAACAAUAUCGCUCAAGUGCGUCUCAGUACAUUUGAACAAGAUCUUGGUCUCAAGGGCAAUCAGUUCAAUGUUGCAGUGUCCAUCCUGAACGUCGGAUACAUGCUUAUGCAGCUCCCCAGCAACAUGCUCCUUACUCAAACCCGCCCGUCGAUGUACAUCCCAGCCUGGACUGCUCUUUGGUCCAUUGUGUCUGCCGCUACUGCUGGUGCUGGUACUUACACUCACUUGAUCGUCAUCCGAUUCUUCCUUGGUAUUGCAGAAGCGCCCUUCUUCCCAGGCAUCUGUUGGUAUCCUCGCAAGGAGCUUGCCCUUCGAACCGCGAUCCUAUACUCUGGUGUUCUCCUUGCCACUGCCUUCUCGGGUCUCAUUGCUGCUGGCGUUCUGUCAGGUCUUGAAGGUGCUCGAGGUAUGGCUGGCUGGCAAUGGCUGUUCAUCAUUGAAGGCGCUGGAAGCUUCAUGGCUGCUAUCAUCGCAUUCUUCGUCUUGCCUGACUUUCCCGGGCAGAAGACUGGAGCUAUGAAGUGGCUUCUGUCUGAUGACGAGCAGAAAGUUGCCGUUGAGCGUAUCAACAGGGACCGUGUCUCUCUUCCAGAUGCCGAUCACGGUGUCUUUGCGGGUUUGAUGAUGGCUGUCAAGGAUCUCCGAACCUGGGUCUUUGUCAUCAUGCUUACAGCUAACCACAGUGCGUAUGGCUUCAACAGCUUCUUCCCCACCAUUGUCAAGGGAUUCAAGCUCGGCAACACAACCCUUACGCUCAUCCUGACUGCCCCUCCUUACCUCAUCGCCACUGCCACUGCCUUCGCAACAGCAUGGUCCAGCGAUCGUCGCAAGAACCGAGGUUACCACAUCGCCAUUCCUCAAGCAGUAGCUUGUGUCGGCUUCAUCAUCUCCGUCGCCACGCUCAACAACGCUGCGAGAUAUGCAGCCGCCUUUCUUUACAUCUGCGGCUGUUUCUCAUCCAACGCUAUGGUCUUCAGUUGGGCUAGUUCAACUCUCAACCAGACGCCUGAGAAGCGCGCGUGCGCCACUGCUAUCAUCAAUCUUCUUAGCCAGCUUGGUAAUAUCUGGAGUCCGUAUUUCUUCCCUGCUAGUGAUGGGCCGCGCUACAUCAAAGCCAAUCUACUCAUGAUGGCCUUCUCGGCGCUGUCAAUCGCGACUUGUGUGUUUAUGAGAUUUAGCUUGCAGAAGGCUAAUAAGAAGCUUCGGGAGACGGGUGAUGGUAUCAAUUGGUUUACUUUGUAA